GAGGAUCCUUAGAGCUGAUGCUGGUUUACAGAGAGGUCCAGAGACGACAGGAAAACCCAUAUCCAGCUGGGACUCGAGCUUCCGCAGCUUCACUCGUGAGUGUAAAUUAGUCGACACAGCGCCGUCGUCUCUUCCGACUCGCCUUCCAUGGAAAGUUUGGAGGAAAAGCUCGGCGGUCUGUCGGUGGCCCGGCGGUCCCGUCCGGAGGAGCCCACCUACCUGCUGCACGUUGCCCUGCAGCCGUCCGGCCUGCUGGCGGCGUCCUGCUCCAGCUUCACCCUCCACCUGCACGACAGGGACACUCUGAGCCCGCUGGGGGAGUACCGGGGCCACGGGGCCCCGCUCUGCGGCCUUACCUUUGCUCACGCCUCCGCUCACCUGCUGUACUCCAGCUCUGCAGACGGGACGGUGCGGGCGUGGGACGCGCGGCGCCCGGGAACGGAUGCCGUCCAGAUGUUUCGGAGCGAUGCUUCACACAGUUUCUGCAGCUUUGACCUGAACUGCAGCGACACGCUGCUCUGCGCCGGCACCGAGCAGGUCGACGAUGAAGACAGCUUUCUGGUCUUCUGGGAUGCAAGAAAAGCAGGUGGAGGGCUUCUGGGGGUCUAUUCCGAGUCCCACAGUGAUGACAUCACCCAGGUGUGCUUCCACCCGCGGGAUAAAGACCGGCUGGCGUCCGGCUCCACAGACGGGCUUGUUAACAUUUUCGACUUGAGCCGGGGGGGGGAGGAGGACGCGCUGCUGCUGACAUGUAACAGUGACUCGUCUGCAGGCUCCGUGUGCUGGUCCGGUCCGGGUUACACCCAGCUGCUGUGCCUGAGCCACGACGAGGGGCUGCAGCUGUGGGACCUGGGCCAGCUGGACACGGAUGAGCCUCUCACCGUCUUCAGCAGCUCAGAUGCCCGGAGCCUGACGCCGCUCGCUGGUGGGAGGAGCUUGGAUUACUUGGUGGGCGGGCAGUGGCUGGAGGAGGCCCAGAAGCUGGUGGUGGUGGGGGGGACGAACAGCGGGGACCUCCACCUGAUGGAGUGUGAUAACAGGGGGCUUGGUCUGCUCAGGAGUCUGGAGGGCGGCCAUGCCGCCACGGUGCGCUGCUUCCUGUGGGACGGAGCAGGGCAGGCCCUGGUCACCGGGGGAGAGGAUGCUCAGCUGUUACUAUGGAAACCAGGAAGGAAGCAGCUCACCUCAGAAAAAACAGAGCCGAUGAAAAGCGAAUCGGCUUUGAAGCUCCAGUCCAGACCUCAUAAAAAACACAGAUACCACAGAGAGAAGAAGGGAGGAAAGAACGACUGAGUCCGGAGGAAAAUUCUUCAUCUGAAGCGGUUCUGGUCUGAAGUUCAUGUGGAUGCAUCAGAAGCACGAGAAGCUGAGAGGAUGCUGACAGAGACAAAUUCACUCAAGAAUUAAAAUAAUAAUAAUGAAGUCUUAUUUAUUUACCAGCCACUUUAUUGGGCACACCUUACCUGUAUAAUCGGCCAAUCACAUGGCAGGAGCUG